AGGGGGGAUCAUGUCUCGAGCUGACCAUAUGCUACAGAAGGCUCAUUUAUCCAAGAUGGCGACCACGUCACCUUCAGUUCCUCAGCUGUUUAGCGAAUUAGAAAGGCUAGGAAAAGACGGGAACUUCGCAAAUGCUCAGAAAAUUGCUAAUAAAAUUUUGCAAGAGAAACCAAACGACCCGGAUGCCUUUCAUUGUAAAGUGGUCUGCUUGAUUCAACAAUCUUGCUUUCGUGAAGGAUUGGACGUGAUCAACUCUGGUAGUAGGAAAGGAAUAAAAGAGCUGCCCUUUGAGAAAGCAUAUUGUCUGUACAGACUGAACAGAACUGAUGAAGCACUUGAUAUCCUGAAGACCAUACCAGAUCAAGGACCUAGAGAAAAGGAACUCCUUGCACAAGUGCAAUAUCGACUUGGGCAGUAUGAAGAGUGUAGAAGAAUCUACAAGGAUUUGAUUAAAAACUCUCAGGAUGACUAUGAAGAUGAAAGAGAGACAAACCUGUCUGCUGUUGUUGCUGCUUCUAAUCAGUGGGGAUCUAAUCAGAAAUUGGUAGAGAAUGGUCUUCGUGAGGACACCUAUGAAUUAUGUUACAAUUCUGCCUGUUUGUCGUUGGCGAAUAAUGAGUUUCAACCAGCAAAGAACAAACUCAAUCAAGCUGAAGCUCUCUGUCGUAAAAGUCUUGAAGAAGAUCCAGAAACAACUGAAGAAGACAUAGAUACUGAAUUGGGCGUUGUGAGGACGCAGCUUGGUUAUGCUCACCAAAUGUUAGGAAACAACGAUGAAGCAAUGAAACUAUACAACCAAGUUCUAAAAUCAAAGCCUAAUGAUGUUGCCCUAGUUGCUGUUGCAUCUAAUAAUGUCAUAACAUUAAAUAAAGAAAGAGAUGUGUUUGACUCUAAGAAGAAAGUCAAGGCAACCACAGCAGAGGGUCUAGAGAACAAGCUGACUGACCAACAGUACCAGAAAAUGCAGUUUAAUAAAUGUCUACUCUUUCUGUACUCCAAUCAGCUGGAAGCUUGUGGCGCUAUGAUCAACUCCCUGGAAGAGAAAUAUAAAGACAGCGAUUUUCCUUGCUUGAUGAGGGCUUCACUAUCAUACAGAGAGAAGCAGUAUGACAAGGCUACUAAAGUACUCCAGGAGUAUGCAAGAAAACACCCUAAAACAGCUACUAAUGUGAAGAUGACGCUAGUACAAAUGUACCUUUCUCAAGGCAAUUUACUAGAUGCUUGCUCUACAUUGCAUUCAAUUGACGGACUGAGUCACAGGCCAGGAGUGGUUUCUGCUUUAGUUACCCUAUAUUCACAGCUUGGAAAUAUAGACACUGCAAUCUCUGUUCUUGAUUCUGCUGUCAAAUUUGCUCAAGAAAAUAAGGAUGUUCUCAGUCAGUCUGAAAUGAUUUCUCUCAUGCGUGAAAAUGUGGCCUACAAACUCUCUCAUGGUCAUGCAAAAGAAGCCAUAGAAAUGUUGGAAAAACUUCACAGGGAAGAUCCAAACAACUUAAAGACCCUUGCACAGCUCAUCACUGCAUAUUCUCAAUUCAACCCUAAAGAAGCAGAAAAACACAGUACAAAGCUGCCGCCAUUAGGAAAUGAAACCAGUAUAGAUGUGGAUGUCUUGGAAACAAGUAGUGUAGGCUCUGGGAUGAGGUAUGGGCGAAGACUGGGCCGUACACCAGAUGAUGCAAGCACCAAUGAGGAAAGAAUGGACAUAAUUAUCAAGAGGAAAAGAAGAAAGAGGAAGAGAGGUAAACUUCCAAAGAAUUAUAAUCCUGAAGUGGACCCUGACCCUGAACGUUGGUUACCCAGGAGAGAAAGAUCUUACUACAAGGGCAAGAGACAAAAAAAGACUGCAGUUGGUAAAGGCACCCAAGGAUCUGCAUCAGCUGGGACUGAAUCACCCAAGUCACCUGGAAGUCCUAAGCAAUCCUCACCUCCAGGAUCACCAGGGGGAAGUGCUUCGGUUCCCUCGAAUGUUGUUCCCCCAAGACAACAACAACCACAAGCAGCAAAGAAAAAACAACGACCAAAAAAGAAAAAGGGUGGCUGGUAAAUAGAACUUGCUUUACCUAGAACUUUGACUAGAACCAAGAUAUACUGUCUACAAUACCUAUAGGAAAUGAAACAUGUAUUGGUAAUAUUAAUAGUAAUAAGGAUGAAAUAAAAAAAUAUUAAAACCAA